AUGGCUGGUUCUUCCCAUAAUGACAGUUUGUUACCUGCUUCCCAAACCAUGCACAAAACUAUCAUUGGCACAUCCAGGACUUCAGCAACAGCAGAUGAACAAACUGUUCUGGGAGAUGAUUUUCCAGAACAUUCAAGUCCAGGUCUUGUUUCUGGUCCGGUCGAGAACAAUCAGAACAUUGUUCGCAGAGUCCUAUUGCAUGUACACAAAUUCUUCUUCACACGUGCCAAUCAUUUUGGUGAUUACGAGGAUGCUUCCGAGUCUCUGGAUUCAUCACUUGAACAAACCCCUCAACUGAACACCCCUACAAGGGAACCACCUUGGCCGUUCUUGAAUGUGACAGUAUACUGUCUCAUACGCUGGAUGAACACGGGAAACAGCCAGAAGUUGGAGGAAAGGUCGGCUUCAAACACAAGCGCGCUUGGUGGUGACGGCUGGGUGGAGAAACCUGUUGAGAUUUCAAUUCUUUUUUGGUCCAAAUGUCCAUCUGGUAAUGGAAGAGCAUUUUUGGUCCCCGGACUGCACUAUAGGAGACUUACAUCGGUAAUCAAGGCUGCGUUCACCGAGAAAAUGGCAAAGCAUUUCCAUCUUGUGCCUUUCAAAUGUCUUUGGAUGUCAAUCAGCCCACCUGACAAUGUACCUCCUGAAAAGUAUGAAUACAACGGGCACAUUUACGAUGAGCUAUACACUUCUGAUGCCUGGAUCAGAGAACAUGAUAACCUUCAGAAACAGCCUCCAGAGCCUGAGUGUAACUUGAAGCGCGUAAUUGCUGGGUUGAUGUUUUGGUCAGAUUCCACCCACCUGGCGGACUUUGGUACCUUUGCGCGAAGUCUCAAACUGAUGCUUGUCAUCACGUUGCAUACAUUCCGUCCGUCUUUACCGGAUAGUGUUCGGGAAUUUGUUGCAUCUUUUAGCAAGAUUAUCCCAAAAAAUUGCAUACAGUCCUACCUGUUGGAUAAAGUUCAGAAUGCUCAAAACUUAAUUUAUGAAGGGGGUUCACCUGUCAAUGGACGAGCUGUUGAGGGAUUUCUGCGAGAACAUUUGUUUGGCUUCAAUCUAUUUCCAAUACUAGUAGUGGAUUUAAUGCAUGAAUUUGAGCUUGGAGUAUGGAAAUCCACCCUGACACAUUUUAUUUGGCUUCUGCAUGCUAUAGGGCCAAACAGUGUGAUUGAACUUGAUCAAAGUCAACCACAAAAGUUGGGAAGGCUCUGCAUAACUUUCAGAAGAAAACCUGCAAUGCUUUCUGCACAUUGGAGCUACCUCACAAAGUUACAAAACACCUUCGGAGGGACCAACGUAUGGGGAAAGACAAUACACUACGUUAGCAUGAUCUGCAUGUUUGGAACAACGGACUCUUACACUACACAGAUAAAUUUUCCACUCAAUCUCUUUACAUUCAUCAGCCAACACCUCCUUGUAUUUCCAGAUGAUCCAGCAGUCCAAUCUUUCGUACCAAGACUAAAGGACCAUCUUCUUUCUCGGAUCUUGCAGUACAAUGAUCGGAAUAAUGUACAUAUUCUCGACAAUCAGAUUUAUCAAGGCAAGGUCUUGCGCAUCAACUAUACUACAUAUGACAUGCGUCAAGAGCAUGAUUUGGUGAAUCCAAGAACUCGAUACAAUGUCAUGGUUUUGUCCAGGGAAAAGAAGCAGGGUGGACACUCUUAUUGUGGACGGACUGAGGAUCUUGACUUGGAUUUGUCCCAAAACCAAGGCCAGGCAAUUGAUCAAGACCAACAUUUAGCAGAGGAUGGACAAGUUGAGGACCAAGAUUACAAUCAGAUAGAUCAGACUCAGUACAAAGAAGUUAUUGAGGACAAUGACAGCAACAUAACGGGACAUUCACACUCAGACGAUGAAGAAGAGUUUGAAUUUGAAGUUGAAGUUGGAAAUCCUGAUUGUGAACUCCACAAGGAAGGGGAAUGCACCUGUGAUUCAGUUGUGGAAGAGGACAGCUACUAUGCUUCGUUAUAG